UAAAAAUAUUUUGUAAGAAAGACCAUAGGAACACAUGCAUCACUUUACCUGAUGGAAAUCUACAGUUGGUGUUGAGGAAAGGUUGAAAAUUAGAACAUUCAGAAACAAUGUGAAAAUGAGAGCAAGUUAUCAAAAAAUUUUCUGAUGCUCUGAUCGUUCAACUCUGCCAGAAGACACAUUACAAAAGGCCAGUGCUGCAUACAACCUGACAAACUGAGGUCUAGGAGAGCAAGCCUUCUCAUGAUCCCCCUUUGUUCUCUAACAGGACAUAGUGUCUGUGGGUGAGGCCCUGGCCCACGAGAGGAUCAUGGUCCUUCAACUCUGCCUGUGGAUCGUGCUCUUCCUCUCCACAUGGGCUCCAACUACACAUGCUGAGUACAGUAGCCCUCCAGAAGUAGUGAUACCCCUGAGGGUCACUGAUACUAGGAUCCAUAGUAGUUCUCCAGACUGGUUGUCCUAUAGCCUGCGCUUUGGAGGAGAGAGACAUAUUAUUACCAUGAAACCCACAAAAUACUUCAUAUCCAGAAACUUCCUACUGUUAACCUACACUGACCAAGGUGAUCUCCUUGCUGAACAGCCUUUUGUGCAGACUGACUGCUACUACCAGGGCAAUGUAGAUGGAGACCCAGAUUCCAUGGUGAUUAUUAAUACCUGUUUGGGGGGUUUGCAAGGCAUGUUAGAGAUAAAUGGCACGGUUUAUGAAAUCAUGCCCCAGAAGUCAACUUCCACAUUUGAACACCUUGCUUACAAAAUAGAGAGUGAGGACUCAGAAUCAUUUUCUAUGAGAUGUGCGUUAACAGAAGAGGAGAUAGCACGACAAAAGAAGAUUCAAGAAAGCAAAGACCCCAUACUUAUGCAAAGCCAAUAUGAGAACUGGUGGACCCAUCACAAAUAUCUUGAAUAUUUUGUGGUGAUAGAUAACAAACGAUAUGUUUAUAGAAACAAUAAUAUCACAACUUGUAUUCAUGACAUUUUGCAAAUAGUCAAUGGAAUAAAUGGUUAUUAUCUUCAAAUAGAUAUUGAGGUGAUUUUAACUACACUUCAAGUGUGGAGUGAACAAAAUCACAUCAAUGUAGAAGAAAAUAUAUAUAGUGUCCUAAAUAGUUUCUGCAGUUGGAAGCAAAGAAACAUUGGCAAUCAAAUUAGAUAUGAUAUCAUACAUCUUUUUCCCAGGCAAGGCUAUGGUAUCUAUUUAGGGCUAGCUCAUCUAGGUACACUUUGUUCACGUUAUAAUUGUGCUGUUAACAGUUUUGCAUCUGAUUCAAUAGCAGAAUUGGCAUUCGUUUUAGCACAUGAGAUGGGUCACAAUUUGGGUAUGCAUCAUGAUGACCGUGAUUGUACUUGUGGGAUAAGCAGCUGCAUAAUGGCCGCACACAAAUCUAAUUCCCAUAGAUUCAGCAACUGCAGUUAUGCAUAUCUCUAUGACACUAUUACCAGAAAAACCUGUUUGCACAAUUUUCCAGAGGAAGUCGUCGGCUCAAACCUGACCUGGUGUGGGAAUAAUAUAGUAGAGGAGGGGGAGCAGUGUGACUGUGGGUCCCCUCAAUUAUGUGAAAAUGACCCAUGCUGUAGGCCAGACUGUGCGUUCAAACCUGGUGCUGAAUGUGCUUUUGGACUUUGUUGCAAAGAUUGCAAGCUCAUUCCCACAGGCACAGUGUGUAGAAAGCAGAACAAUGAGUGUGACCUUCCAGAGUGGUGCAAUGGAACUUCAGCUAAGUGCCCAGAAGAUGUGUACGUGGAGGAUGGACAUCUCUGCAGUGGUAGUGGUUAUUGCUAUAAAAGCGUAUGUCAUAAACAUGAGAAACAUUGUCAAACAAUUUUUGGCAAGGGAGCCAAGAGUGCCAAUGAGAUUUGCUACAUGGAAUUGAACAAACGGGGUGACCGUUUUGGUAAUUGUGGUAACAAUAGCUAUAACUACAUACAAUGCAAUAGCAACGAUGUACUCUGUGGACGAAUUCAGUGUGAAAACAUAACAGAGCUUCCCCAUACGGGAAAACAUGAAACAGUACAUUGGACUCACAUCAAAAAUGUCACCUGCUGGACUGUGGACUACCAUUUUGGCAUAACCAAAGCUGACAUUGGGGCAGUGAAAGAUGGCACUCCUUGUGGUCUAGACCAUUUAUGCAUUGACAGGAAGUGUGUCAAUAAUUCUUUUUUGUUAAGUAACUGUUCAGCAACCCAUUGCCAUAAGAGAGGAGUCUGUAACAACAAACAUCACUGCCAUUGUGAUGUCAGAUGGGAGCCACCAGACUGUAGGGUAAGAGGUUUUGGAGGUAGUAUAGACAGUGGACCACCUCCAGGGAGAUUCUCAAAAUCCACUCGGGGUAAAUAUUUGGCAUUUUUUUUAAUUCUUUUUGUGGUUUUGUUACUUUGCUUAAGUGGCCUAAUGAAGAGGAUUCAAUAUUCCUUAAACUAAAAUGACAGGGAGUGCCACGAGCAGAACCCACAUCUGGUGUUAAAAUUUCACCUGAAAAACAAAACUGCAACCUUGAAUGUUUGCCUGCAGAGGAAGAUGCCAAAGACUAAAAGAAAACACAAAGGAAAGAAUAAAAAAUAUGUAUCCUAUAAGAA